CAGCUUUUUGCAUCGCAGGGGCUGUGUGGAGAUGCAAAUCUUUAUCCUACAUCUGAAGAUGACAUUUGCUGACAGCAGAGGAAUGAUUUUUUCCCCACUGGAUUAUUUGCUAAUCAGACUACAGUACGGUGGAGAUAAAAGAGAGAAUCUGUUGCCUAGAUAGGCGGCUUUAAUGAGCAACUGAACCCCUGGGAGCUGAAAUCUGAAGUAGAAUGAUGCUGUUUUCGGGUCUCUUGUCAUUUCUUCACUUGCUUCUUCUCAUCCGUUUUCCAAUGGGCCUAGUGAGCAGGAACUAUCCAAGGUACUAGAAUGCUGGCUGCUUGGCUGCUGAAUACAAGCGGAUUGCAGAAAGAGAAGAGAACCAGGUUACUGCUUAUAUCAGAAGAAUACAUUCAAAUGAGGCACCUUAGCAAUCUCUGUGUUAUUGCAUAUGACGGUGGUGUAAUCUUCUACGUUGUAAAGUGGGUAAACAUCAUCCAGUUUCUUCUCAGCUGGACCUCAAAGCAGGGUGCUGUUUGUACCCUCCUAUUUUCUAUGCCCUCUGUUCUCUGAAUGUGGAUUUAAAGAAGCAAGCACCUGUCUUCUCUUGCCACUGCAUUUUUAAAAGCCAAACUUUAAAGGCCAUUUUAAUUCUAUACCAAGAAGAUCUUUAACAUAACCCACUGACUUCUAGUGAUGCAGAAUUCUACAAUCUGGGCAUCUUUGCCAACAAGAUUUAAUGCACUUUAACUGAAGAAAAACUGAGCCUAAUUGCAAAUCUGUUUCUUAUGGUGCUGAAAUAUUCCUUCAGACUGCACUGAGAUAACCACAGGAAAGGGCUUUUACAGACAAAAGUCACCUUUGAUUAUUGCACUUAGCAGUCCCCGUGGACUUAAAUUUUGGAAGUGUUGCUUUCCUUCAUCCAUUAUCUCCUGCAAAAUGAUGAAUUCUAAUCAGGAGGAGGUCACGUUGGGCACUUUUCUCCAGUAUAUUGAAGAUAUGGGGAUGAAGGCCUAUGAUGGCUUGGUUAUACAGAAUGCAUCAGACAUUGCUCGAGAGAAUGAUCGCAUGAGGAAUGAAACAAACCUGGCUUACUUGAAAGAAAAGAAUGAAAAACGCCGUAAACAAGAAGAAGCAAUAAAACGCAUAGGUGGAGAAGUCGCGAGAGGAAGUGAAGGAAGCUAUGUGGGCAAACAUUUCCGCAUGGGAUUUAUGACAAUGCCUGCUCCUCAGGACAGACUGCCGCAUCCUUGCUCUAGUGGCUUUACCGUGAGAUCCCAGUCUCUUCAUUCGGUUGGGGGUACCGAUGAUGAAAGCAGUAGCUGCUCUCGUAAACAACCUCCACCCAAACCUAAACGAGAUCCCAACACCAAACUGAGCACCUCAUCUGAAACGGUCAACUCUGGAACAAGUAAGAGUGGGAAACUACCGGACAAGACUGAAGCAUCAGCCAAACCAAGACCUCACAGUGAUGAAUAUACCAAGAAGAUCCCUCCUCCUAAGCCUAAACGAAAUCCAAACACUCAGCUAAGCACAUCUUUUGAUGAAACGUACAUCAAAAAGCAUGGCCCCAUGAAGACAACACUCACUAGGGAUGCCUCUUUAUCGCAAGUCAGCAGUCCUGCCCCAGACACAGAAGAAGAAGAGCCUGUUUAUAUUGAAAUGGUUGGGAAUAUACUAAGAGACUUCAAGAAAGAUGAGGAUGACCAAAGUGAAGCAGUCUAUGAGGAGAUGAAAUACCCUAUAUUUGAUGAUGUAGGCCAAGAUUCAAAGUGUUCAUGUGAAUAUGACCAUCACAGUUGUUCUUCUCAGUGUGCUACUCCCACAGUGCCUGACCUAGAAUUCACCAAGUCCUCAGUGCCAUCUACUCCCAAGGGCUUGCUUUGUGAUAUCCCCCCACCAUUUCCAAAUCUACUUUCUCAUAGACCUCCACUACUGGUGUUCCCACCAGCACCAGUGCAGUGUUCCCCAAAUUCUGAUGAGUCUCCUCUAACUCCACUGGAAGUCACAAAGCUUCCUGUAUUAGAAAAUGUGUCUUACAUUAAACAACAAGCUGGAGCUUCUCCAUCUUCACUGCCACCUCAUACACCGGGCCAUCAAAAACUGGAGAAAGACCAGACAGUAUCUCAUGGAACUACUACUCCUGGGCACUCCUCCUCACCUCCUCAUCCUUCUACCUUAUACAGAACACAGUCUCCACAUGGCUACCCUAAAAGUCACUCUGCCUCACCCUCUCCUGUCAGUAUGGGUAGGUCUCUUACCCCCUUAAGCCUCAAAAGACCUCCACCUUAUGACUCUGUACAUUCAGGAAGUCUCUCAAGAAGUUCUCCAUCAGUGCCUCAUUCUACAGCCAGAAACACGUUGCAAGAAGGGGGAAAGAUGGUAAAUGCCUCGGUCAAUACCUACGGGUCAUCAUCACAGAGUGGUUCACGUUCUAGAACACCGACCAGUCCUUUAGAGGAACUAACCAGCCUCUUUACCUCAGGACGAAGUUUACUGAGGAAGUCGUCCAGUGGCAGAAGAUCUAAAGAGCCUGCAGAGAAACCAUUAGAAGAGUUGAAGAUCAGAAGCCACAGUACUGAACCACUACCAAAGUUGGAAAACAAAGAAAGAGGAGGUCACCAUGGGACAACUUCCUCCAGGGAGCCAAUAAAAGCUCAGGAAUGGGAUGGAACACCAGGACCACCAGUUUUGUCCAGUAGACUGGGAAGAUCCUCUGUUAGUCCAACGAUGUUAGCAGGAAACAACAGCUCAGAGCCUAAAGCAAGCUGUAGAUUAGGUCGAUCUGCAUCCACAUCAGGUGUGCCUCCUCCAUCAGUUACUCCUCUCAGGCAAGCCAGCGAUCUCCAACCCAGCCAGGUACCAUCGUUAGCCAAUCGUGAAUGACUUCAUGUGAUACAA